UUGACGAAAAUUGGCUGAAGUUUGCACAAAUCAUGCACUAUAGAAUGUUUUUUCAGAGGUAAAAUUCAUUCCAACCAAAUACUUCAAGACAACAAUACUUAUAUCGAUCGGUCAAUCAUCAGCGUGAUGAAAUUCAAAUAAUCAGGUGCUUAUACAUAUUAUAAUUUAUUCAACACACCUCACAGCGGCGCGUCGCGCCCGAAAUACAAUAAGUAUUCCCCAUCGGCCUCGACGUGCACAUGGGGAUUCGAAUCUUCGGAUCAGCGAGAACGAAAUUGAUCAAGCGCGCUGCCUGACGACGUCGAGCAGCGGAGCAGCGAAGGGAUAGCACGUAGACUCACAUUAUUUGCCGCGCGCCUCUCAUACGACCUAGAGCUUGAAGCGAGCUUUUGGGACAUUUUACAAGACACCCUUGACUCUGCAGCGCAAGAUGAAGCUGUUGAAAUUUUUGCUCCGAUAUUUUCCACCUGGAAUCGCUCUGGAGUAUACGCAGGGCGGCGAUGUCAAGACGAAGAUGAUAGAUCUUCUCGACUUGUCGGCGAAGACGGACAUCCGAGGCUUGGCAGAAAGCAUCAAGGCUGCCGAGCCCGUGAUAACCGAUGGAGUUAUGGAUCAGCUGGUCGAGACGCUGCAGAAGCUCCAAGCGAAGGUCUGCGACGCAGGCGAGGACGAGAAGCGAUUCUACAAGUGCAAGACCCUCAAGACUCAUCUCUUACCCAUCACUAACAUAGCUUUCGAUAAACUAGGUAAAAGAUGCCUGACGGGCAGCUAUGACCGAACUUGUAAGGUUUGGGACAUUGAGAGUGGAGCGGAGCUCCUUACUCUCGAAGGCCAUAAGAACGUAGUAUACGCCGUGUCCUUCAACAAGCCAGCCUCCGACAAAAUCGUGACCGGAUCGUUCGACAAGUCGGCCCGGGUAUGGUGCUCUCGAACUGGCCACUGCCUCGUCAGUCUCUGGGGCCACGACGCGGAAGUCGUGGUCGCGCGUUUCUCACCAACGCAGAGCAAAGUCGCCACCGGUUCGAUGGACGCGACCGCCAGGAUCUUUCACAUAUCCUCUGGUCAGGAGUUGGGCACGUUGAAGGGCCACAGCGCGGAGGUGAUCGCGCUGCACUACAGCAGCGACGGCAACGAGAUCGUCACGGGAUCUUUCGACAGGAGCGUCAGUCUCUGGGACACGAGAACUUACCAACGAACGAGCGUCCUGCUGGGCCACCAAGAGGAGAUCUCGAACUGCCUGUACAACUUCGACGAGAGUCUCAUAGCCAGCUGUUCUCUGGACAAAACCGCGAGAAUCUGGGACAGGCGAAUGACGGACUCGUGCCUGGCGAGCCUGACCGGUCACGAGGACGAGGUUUUGGACUUGGCGUUCGACAGCAAGGGGAAUAAACUAGCGACCGCCAGCAGCGACACCACCGCCAGAGUCUGGGACCUCGCCAGCGGAGAAUUCCCGCAGGUGGCCAAGAUGGAGGCACAUCAGGAAGAGGUUUCCAAAGUGUGUUUCAGUCCGAGCGGUAGGCAACUGCUGACGGCGUCACUGGACCGAAGCGCCAGGUUGUGGUCCGUGGAGUCCGGUCAGUGCGUCCAGACACUAGCGGGUCACACGGAUGACGUCUUCAGCUGCGCGUUUUCCUACAGCGGCGACACUAUCGUCACCGCGAGCAAGGACAGUACCUGCCUCAUCUGGAGGUGACUCGACUGGUUCCAGGUUGCGACCUAGCUGCUCAUCCUCGCACUGUUCGCUGGAUACCUGAUCUACUUCUACUUUCCGUGAACGAAGCCUUGGGCCACUGAAUUGCUCGACGGAUACACGAUGCCUAUAGCUCGUAUCCUGAGUUUGAUACGAAUACGAAUACAUUUCAAGAUGUGCGUAACGUUGUAAUGAGAUCUAUAUAGUAUAUUACAUGACUAUAUAAAUACUGUGGAAUAUAAUACCGAUGAAACGUGUACGUGUAUAACACACAUGGACUCUUUUAAAAUUGACAACCGAUAUAUUUUAUCACUUGGAUAUUUAUAGGUAGUAAUAUUAAAAAACCGAAUUUGUAUUAUAAAAUUUUGAUCACAUUCUCGUAGCACAACAUAGAUGCUAUCUGCUUUUCGAACUAGCGGCCCAUUCGUAUUGAGUACACAACGAAGUCUCGCCUCCAACUGUACAAAUAUACGAAAUUAAACCUAAAGAAUGCACGAACACGAAUACUGCCUAUAUAAAAGAGUAUAUUCUUGAUGUUCAUUCGAAUAUUUGUCUAAAUCGUUGGACAUCGACGCGUUACGCGCGGAAAACUUGAUCUUGAUUCAGCAAUUGUAUGUUCACUUGUAACUCUCAAUUAUACUUUCACGCUGAUUGGGUAAGGCCACGAAGUUCCAACAUCGUGAUCUAAUUACAACUCCGUAUAGGUAUGUCAAGACCGCUUGAACCGUAAAUGUUCAAUUCCCACUGUUAUUACUGUAAGUAAUACGAAUGUUGUUUGUACAGUAAAACACAUCAAAGUUCACUAUACGACCAAUCAAACUCCUAAUAAUAAAAUCACGUAUCUGCACAAAAGAAA